CCGGAGGUUCUCUGUCUGAUGGUGGCUACCGGACACCAGACUACCUGCGGGAGUAAGGAACUGCUAUUUCUUGAAGGUCCUGCUUGAAACAAGCGGAGUAUUGAACUGUCAGCACAAUGAAUUCUGGUGGCCAAGGAAAUCGACCGAAGAAGACUCGAAGCGCCGCAAUGUCCAACUCCAACAACAACGCCAGGUACCGGACCAAGGAGUCGCGCUCCGGCCCACACCGGCCGCCGCUGGAGGCGUCUGGCGUGUACGCCGACCCCAAGUACGCGCACGUGCUCACCUCGGUACUGGGCUGCACCGUGCAGGUGCUGACAACGGCCCACCAGCGGUUCGAGGGCGUGCUCGAGUCGCUCUCCAGUGACAAUGACGCGGUGCUAGGAAUGGUCAAUCUGGUCAACGAGGCGCAUCCGAAGCAGAUCGAUCCGAAAGAAGUCAAGGACCGGCUCAUCUUCAAACCCGAUCAGAUUGUCAUGAUGUCCAUGUGCAACGUGGAUCUGGACUAUGCAGCUAAGACCGGCUUCCAGACGGACGCGGCCAUCCAGGGCAAGACGAACGGUGGCCUGGGGCCCAAGGAGCUGCAGCCCUGGGUGGAGGAUGACGCGCCCGCCGAACUCGUCUCGCUGGAGAACUCGAACGGCUGGGACGCUCGGGACAUGUUCCGCAUGAACGAGAAGAUGUAUGGCGUGAAGUCGACGUUCGACCAAACGCUGGCCGGCUACACCACUCCGCUGGAACACACUUCACGCGACCAGGAGGCGCACGCCUCGCGCAUCGCCGACGAGAUCGAGCGCUCCACUACGUCUCGGCACCGCGCCGACGCCGAGAACGGCGACGAGGAGGCGGCGUUCGCGGCCGUGGUGCGGCCAGGCGGCCCGGCUGCGGAACGGGCUGGCCAGAGGACGCCUGAAGAGCGGCCUCCGCCGGCGCCGGCUCCCCCGGCCUCGGAGCCGGGCCGGCGCGGCGACACUCGCCAGCGGCCGCCGCAGGGCGGCAAGAGCGCCAUCGCCGGCUUGAAGGACUUUCGGCAGAACUUCGUGCUCUCGGAUGGGCCGCCCCGCAAGGAGGAGGCGGCCGGGCAGUCGACGCAUCCGACGCCGCCGCCGGUGGCUGGUCAAGCCAAGCCGGAGCCUCCGCCGGCCGCCUCACCAGCGCAGACGCCCGACGGCAAGUCAGGCGACGCGGUGGACAAGCUGGCCGGAUCGCUGAACAAGUCCAAGCUCAACCCCAAUGCCAAGUCGUUCACGCCGUCUCAGCCGGCCUCCAUGCCCCCGGUGGGGUACUCGCCGGCGCCGACGCCUCCACGUGCACCCACACCUCAGAUGGCGUUGGCGCCCAGCCAGUUUCCCUCGCUGCUGGCGCCCACUGGCUACCCGAGCAUCAAUUACAUCAUGCCCGGCGGCCAGCCGUUCUCCAUGCCACAGCAGCAGCCUCCGCGGCUACAGAAGCAGCGAGGCGAGUACCCGCAGCUCAGUGGGCUGCAGCACCGGGCCGAGGCGACGCCGAUGCAGGUGGCGGCCGUGACCGGCCAGCCGCUGAUGGCGCCGUCGCCGAUGGCCGGGCACCCGGGCGCGCCGCACCUGCCGCUACAGCUGCCGCAGAGUGGCCUCCUGCCGCCCGCCGCGCAGCACUACCCCGGCCAGCCGCAGAUGAUCGUACGCAUGCUGCCGGCGCACGCGCCCAUGUACCAGCAGCAGCAGCAGCCGCCGCCACAGCCGCAGCCGUACGACGGCCAGCAGGGCGGCCCGCCCCCGCCGGGGCCGCACCAGGUCCACUACGGCAUGGUGCCGCAGGGCCCGGUGCCGGCGCAGCCGCCCACGCCCGGUCCGGCGCCGGGCGCCGGCGCGCCCGGCCUCAUGUACCAGGUGGCCGGCGGCGGCGGCGGCGCGGCCGGCGCCGGCGCAGGCGGCCCCUACCCGCCCAGCAGCAUGUACCUGGUGUCCGCCGGCCAGCAGAUGCAAGCGGCCCACUUCGCCAUGAUGCAGGGCCAGUCGUUCUCCGGGCCGAUGACGUCGACCGUGACGUCAAUGCCCAUGUCGCUGGGGCCGCAGCCCUACUACAUUCCCCACCAGCAGCACGCGGCGCAGACGUACGGUCCGGCCGGUGUCCACCCCAUGCCUUUAGUGCCUAAUCCGAACCACUGACGCUAGGGCGGCGCGCGUAGGCGACAUUGACCUAGUGCAUCUGACGGCGCGGGAGGCGGCCGGUACGUCCGCGUGCGCGUGUCGGCGUGCGAGCGCGAUGCCGCGCCCUGUUGUGUUUUGUACCGUAUUUAUGCGUGGCGUGGAUGUGGAGCGGUGUGUUGCGGGUGGACGCGAGGUUGGGGUGCGCGUGAGUGGCAUUGCGUGCGCGUGGCGAAGCUGCAAGGCCGCGCGCCGCCGCCGGCCGACGAAGAGCGAAUGUCUCGUGUAUAUUGUGUACAUACGAACGUACGCGGCUGCCGCUGUUGCUGCUCGUGCUCUAUGUUUUGCUGCAGCCUCUCUUCACAGUUGUAGUUGUGUUGUUUUGUAGACAGGUCGUACCGACUCGUGUUUCCUGGCUCGUUGGUCGGCGGUCUGUCGUGGCUCCGCAUGGUGGCCGCCGCUCUCCUGUCUCGACUUAUCUCCCCUGUCUGUCCGUGGCGGCCGCCGCUCUCCCAGACUGGACUUCUCUCCCUUGUCUGUCCGUGUCCGUCUAGUAUCCCAGCAGUCAUUCCUGUGAUCGGCACUCACCAGCGGGCUGCGGCCGGCCCGCGAACUGCGGGGCGGGCUCCCUGGUGGCCCCGUCAGACCACCUUUUUAUACGCCUCGGGCGCUGUACAAGGCGCGUGCGGCGCUGCCUUGUUUUAGCGAGUUGCGAGUGUGGUGCGGAGUGUCUGGGAGAGUAGUGCGCUGAGUGCGGCGCCUCGUCCCGACCGGUGCGAGUGUGAAACUGCGGCGGGCGGCUGGGCCUGGCCUGGCACCACACGGCUGCCGGCGGGGAGCAGAGCCGCCGCCGAUAGAGCCACCUGUCGGCCCGCCGUCAGAGACAUCUGUCGGCGGCAGCAGGGCACGGCCGUCGCGACGGAGCGCGGCCGGUGGCGCGUCUUAAUUGGUGCGCCCGGUUUUAGUCGCCAAGAUCGCCAGUGACGCGAUAGGCGGUUGUCAUGGCAACUGAAUUUUAGGCCCAUACUAAAUUGCUUUUGCGGAUGAGGCUUGCUAAAAUGCCCGACGCGAGCCAUCGGCGGGUGUGCUGAGCGCUGUAUUCGACUUCGAAACUUAAAUAAAUGAAAGAUUAUUA